CACAGCUGAUGACCAUGCAUUCCCUGGUGAUGAGUACAUGGCUUCGCAUGCUGCAGACCAUGUGCUAGACACACCAGAUCGUGUUGUCGCCCCUGAGUAUGACUUGCAGCCUAGUGUACCCAUUAAUGUAGUAAGCGAUGGUGAAGAACAACCAGAAGGUAAUGUUGUCCCACCAAUAGGAACGUCCGGAGACGCCGAGUGCGUCGAAUGGCUCCAAACCUGUUGUCCCCAUACAUAUCCCAACCACAAACCAAACAAUCUGCCAUCAAAAUUGACCUAAAACAAGCAGUUGCACUGGUAUUUGGAGAUGAUUUGGAUGCUAGUGAGGAACUAGUGUCUAUGCAUGACACUAUCCUAACCAGAGGCAAUUUGGGCUGCUUCGAAGGGAAUGGGUGGAUAGGAAACGACGUCGUCGAUGCCUACUGUAGAUUGUUGCAGUAUGAACAUGAACCGAAGUCGAAACUGUUUCUAUCCCCCUACAUAGCUGAAAUGGUAAUCCACUCCCAGGCAAAACACUUAGUGAGGGAGGCAGUUAUUGGACGCUUUGAACCACAUCUGUAUCAGAUUGAUAUUCCAUAUGUCAAUGUUAACGAGGUCUUCUUACCGGUUCUCGUAAAGAACCAUUGGACAUUGUAUGUAUAUGACCUAGCAAACAGGAGAAUCCAACUGCUAGAUUCUCGUCCUGGUAGGAAGAAGACAAUGUUGAGUGGAUUUCAACAAAAUCUGGCCAAGGUUGUCCUGUGGUUGGCUGCCCACAAAAAAGAGGUCCCUUAUGAUUUGAGGACAUUCAAUUUCAUAACACCUGAUGUACCCCUCCAACCUAAUGAGCACGAUUGCGGAGUUUUUGUAAUGAAAUUCAUGGAAUUGUGGUCAAUGGGGGGGUUCUCCAAAUCAAUCGAUGUGGGGAAAUUGAAACAUUACAGGUUGAAGAUCAUGGGGAGUAUGUUGUUCUCAGCACAAAAUGCACACCGAGACCGUGUCCGUAGAAAUUAAAGGGGAUUGUAAUUUGUGAUAAGACUGUAUAAAGUUAGCACAUUUGUAUGUAAUUUAUGGUGGACAUAUGUAGUUCUUUAAAUUUUUUUUUUGGUGCCAUCUGCGGAAAUGAACACUGGGAUUAUGGGAUUAGUCAGAGUUUGAUUGUUUUUUGACUUAAGUUGAUUGUCAUUGCAUUGUAAGUAAAUAGGGAGAA